AUGACGGUGCUGACCAUUCAAGUAGGACAAUGCGGGAAUCAACUCGGCUUUGCAUUUUUCGACAUAAUGUACAAACAUAUAUGUGCAUCAAAAAAUGAAAAUUUUAGAAAUAUGUUAGUUAAUAUGUAUUUCGAUGAGGAAUGCCAUUACGAAAACAACCUCUUUCCAGUCAUUGAAUAUGAUGCAUAUAAUUAUAACAAAGGAAGAAAAUGCUACAUACAUGAAAAUAAUAACAUACCUUGUUUAAAUAAUUAUAUUGCAAGGUGCAUUUUAAUUGAUAUGGAACCUAAAGUGAUUGAAAAGUGCUUGUAUUCAAAUUUAUCAGACAAAAAUUGCAACGAUUGUAGUUAUACAAGCAAAAAAAGUAAAAAAACGAAGGAAAAUUAUGAUCAUGGUCAGACGGAAAGGACAACAGGAGGGGAGACGGGUCAGAAAUAUGUUUGCGGUCUUGAAGAAUAUUAUGAACCUGUAAAUAAUUUUGUAAAAAUAUUUAAUAAGGACCAUAAGGGAUGUACCGGGGGGGAGAAGUCUUAUAAUGGAUCUGAAGUGAAGCAGUACAGCCACUCCUAUGGGCAGUAUAGUGAACCCGAUGGGUCGAAUAAUUUCCCAGAUGAGCAGUUUAAUUUAUCUGAAGUGCAGCAUAAUUUUCCGGAUGGGCUAUACAAUGGGGGAGAAAAAAAAGGUAGAAAAAUCAAAAGUGAAUAUUAUAUCAACGAAUGGAAAUAUAACAACACCAAUUUUGUGUAUGGCUUGAACGGGUCAGGAAAUAAUUGGUCAUACGGUUUUAAUGUUCAUGCAAAAAAUAUUUGUGAACAUUUUAUUAAUUUAGUAAAUAAAGAGUUCGAAAAAAAUGAUAUGAAAGAAAGUAUAGAUAAUAUAUUAUUGUUUCAUAGUUUAGCAGGCGGUAGUGGAAGUGGUAUCAGUUCGUAUAUAUCGUACAUGUUAAAAGAUGAAUUUCCCAAAAUCAAUUUAUUUAAUAUAUGCGUCCUUCCUUAUAUGUUUGGGGAAAUUAGUGUACAGAGUUUGAAUUCUAUAUUAUGUUUGUCCUCCCUUUAUGAUGUGUCCGAUUGUUUGAUCCUUUUUGAAAAUGAUAAAUUUGAAUUAAUGUGUAAAAGAAUUAAUAAUGAAAAUAUAAAUACAGAUGAGAUUAAUAAAUACAUUAGCUUAUUUUUAGCUUAUACCAUUGGGUUACCCAUAGAUUUUACUAAUUUAAAAAAUAGCAAUACGUAUAAAUAUUCGAAUAUUAUGAAUUGCAUAUUGGCAGAUCUGUGUUGUCAUCCUAACUAUAAAUUAUUAUCAACACGUUAUCUACCACAAGUUUUUAAAGAAAAUAUGAAAUUUGAACAAAAUUCUUUUAACAUGUUAUUAAAGCGAAUGCAUAAAAUGGUAAUAAAGGGUAGUAUACUAGACUCUGAUGUGACGAAUACCAAAGGUAUGAUACCAAUGACUGAGUCGUCUAACUUGGAUGACUACUUUGCUCGCUUGCCCUCCAGGAGUUUACAUAAGAGCGAUAUUUUUUCCAGAAAUAUACACAUACCUAUAUAUUUAAACGAGGCUCUUAGCAAGUCUUACGUGAAUAGAGAGUAUAACGCAAUAUUUUUAAAAAAAAAUGCAAAAAGUUAUUCGUCCAAAGGUCAAACCAGUCAUCGCACACAUCAGGCUCAACACAUGCAUCAUUUAAAAAAUAUCACAGAGCCCCUAUCCGGAAACAAUUACACUCAUAAUAAUAUCAUUUUUAACUGCAAAAUGAUAAUGCGGGGAGAAAUUAACGAAAAUAUUAAUCUGGACUUAUUUAAAAACCACGUUUUAUAUAAUAACAAAUCAUUACAUCCGAUGGAGGUAUAUAUUGAUGAAAGCAAACACUUUUCCCAUAACAGUUUAUCUAUGAUAUCGAAUUGCUUAAGUCCAAUACCAACUUUAAAAAAAAUUUUGCAAAAAGCCAAAAUGUUAUAUGCAACAAAUGCGUAUAUUUAUCAGUACAACAAUUACGGUGUAACACAUGACCAUGUUCAUAAUUCUUUGAUGUCCGUGGAGCAGAUUGUUAACUCGUACGAAAAUUUAUCCUGUGAGUAG